AACGAAAUAGAGGAUUGGUCACCAGGACCCGUGAACGGAAGAUUAAAGAAAGAGGUGUUGGUGGUGGGAGGGAGAAAAGGAUGCGCAUUGCAGAAAGUGGCCUUUAAGUACUUCAUGUCUGCUGAAGCUUUCUUCAAACUUUUCUCGGCAAUUCUUUUCUGCUUUGUAGAUCUCUGCAGAAUGGUUUCGAAUCGAUCAAAGAGAAAGGGAGUUAGCACGCACAAUGGUGGCAUACAUGCGGCUUUUCACCAAAGAUUCUUGCAGGGUACCAAUUGCUUCACUAGGUAUCCUUAUGGCUGUCGGGUCCCUACUUCAAGUCAGCCGAUGUAGAUGCUUAUGAUCUCGCCCGCCCAUUGGAAGAAGUCGAGCUCGCUACCUGUCGGAAAGUGAUAUGGCCAAAG